AUGGCUCAGUUCUAUUACAAAAGGAAUGUCAACGCCCCCUACAGAGACCGCAUCCCCCUGAGGAUUGUCAGAGCAGAGUCUGAACUCUCACCGUCUGAAAAAGCCUACUUGAAUGCAGUGGAGAAGGGGGACUAUGCGAGUGUCAAGAAGUCUCUUGAGGAAGCUGAGAUUUACUUUAAGAUCAACAUCAACUGCAUCGACCCCCUUGGGAGGACUGCUCUUCUCAUCGCCAUUGAGAACGAGAACCUGGAGCUGAUUGAACUGUUGCUGAGUUUCAACGUCUACGUUGGCGAUGCGCUGCUUCAUGCUAUUAGGAAAGAGGUGGUGGGAGCCGUGGAGCUGCUGCUGAACCACAAAAAGCCAAGUGGAGAGAAGCAGGUGCCGCCCAUUCUCCUGGAUAAGCAGUUCUCGGAAUUCACUCCAGACAUAACACCUAUCAUCUUGGCCGCACAUACAAAUAACUAUGAGAUAAUCAAACUUUUGGUCCAGAAAGGUGUCUCAGUGCCCAGACCUCACGAGGUCCGCUGUAACUGUGUGGAGUGUGUCUCCAGCUCGGACGUGGACAGCCUCAGGCACUCACGGUCCAGGCUCAACAUCUACAAGGCGUUGGCCAGUCCCUCGCUCAUCGCCCUGUCAAGCGAAGACCCUUUUCUCACCGCCUUUCAGCUAAGCUGGGAGCUGCAGGAACUGAGCAAGGUGGAGAAUGAAUUCAAGUCGGAAUAUGAGGAGCUUUCGAGACAAUGCAAACAAUUCGCUAAGGACCUCCUAGAUCAGACUCGGAGUUCCAGAGAGCUGGAGAUCAUUCUUAAUUACCGCGAUGACAAUAGUCUGAUCGAAGAACAGAGCGGAAAUGAUCUUGCGAGGCUAAAAUUAGCCAUUAAGUACCGUCAAAAAGAGUUCGUUGCCCAGCCCAACUGCCAGCAGCUGCUCGCCUCCCGCUGGUACGACGAGUUCCCCGGCUGGAGGAGAAGACACUGGGCCGUGAAGAUGGUGACGUGUUUCAUAAUAGGACUGCUUUUCCCCGUCUUCUCCGUGUGCUACCUGAUAGCCCCUAAAAGCCCACUUGGACUGUUCAUCAGAAAGCCAUUUAUCAAGUUUAUCUGCCACACUGCCUCCUAUUUGACCUUUUUGUUCCUGCUGCUGCUGGCCUCUCAGCACAUCGACAGGUCAGACUUGAACAGACAAGGUCCACCACCAACCAUCGUGGAGUGGAUGAUAUUACCGUGGGUCCUGGGUUUUAUCUGGGGAGAGAUUAAGCAGAUGUGGGACGGCGGGCUUCAGGAUUACAUCCACGACUGGUGGAAUCUAAUGGACUUCGUGAUGAACUCCUUGUAUUUGGCCACAAUCUCCCUGAAGAUCGUUGCAUUCGUAAAGUACAGUGCUCUGAACCCACGGGACUCGUGGGACAUGUGGCACCCCACCCUGGUGGCAGAGGCUCUAUUUGCUAUUGCAAACAUCUUCAGUUCCCUGCGGCUGAUCUCACUGUUCACUGCCAAUUCGCACCUGGGACCUCUGCAGAUAUCGCUGGGACGGAUGCUUCUGGACAUCCUAAAAUUCCUCUUCAUCUACUGCCUCGUGCUGCUCGCCUUUGCGAAUGGCCUAAAUCAGCUGUACUUCUACUAUGAAGAAACAAAGGGGUUAAACUGCAAAGGCAUCCGGUGCGAGAAGCAGAACAAUGCCUUUUCCACGUUAUUUGAAACUCUACAGUCCCUGUUUUGGUCAAUAUUUGGACUCAUCAAUUUGUAUGUUACUAACGUCAAUGCCCAGCAUGAGUUCACCGAGUUUGUUGGGGCCACCAUGUUUGGGACAUACAAUGUCAUCUCUCUGGUUGUCCUACUGAACAUGUUAAUUGCUAUGAUGAAUAAUUCUUACCAACUAAUUGCCGACCAUGCAGACAUAGAAUGGAAAUUUGCUCGAACGAAGCUCUGGAUGAGCUACUUUGAAGAAGGAGGUACCCUGCCUACGCCUUUCAACGUCAUCCCAAGCCCCAAAUCCCUGUGGUACUUGGUCAAGUGGAUCUGGACGCACCUGUGUAAGAAAAAGAUGAGAAGGAAGCCAGAAAGCUUCGGGACAAUCGGGCGGCGGGCUGCUGACAACCUGAGGAGACACCACCAAUAUCAAGAGGUCAUGAGGAAUCUGGUGAAGCGGUACGUGGCGGCCAUGAUCAGAGAGGCAAAAACCGAAGAAGGCCUGACAGAGGAGAACGUCAAGGAACUAAAGCAAGACAUUUCUAGCUUCCGCUUUGAAGUUCUGGGAUUGCUCCGAGGAAGCAAGCUCUCCACAAUCCAGUCAGGCAACGCGGCGAGUUCAGCAGACGCUGACGAAAAGAGCCACAGUGAAGAAGAAAUUACUCGUCAACAGGCGGCAGGACCACUUGAGAAUAUCCAACUGGAAUCCCAAGGAUUAGCUUCACGGGGUGACUCAGGCAUUCCUGGGCUCAAUGAACAGUGUGUACUAGUAGACCAUAGAGAAAGGAAUACGGACACUUUGAGUUUACAGGUAGGCAAGAGAGUGUGCCCCUUCAAGUCAGAGAAGGUGGUGGUGGAAGACACUGUCCCUAUCAUACCAAAGGAGAAGCAUGCCCACGAGGAGGACUCGAGCAUAGACUAUGACUUAAGCCCCACGGACACAGCAGCCCACGAAGACUACGUGACCACAAGAUUGUGA